AUGACAUACUGCUACACGAACGCCUUUGGCGAUACCAUCUGCGAGGACUCCGGCUGGCGAAAAUGGGGAAGAUGGGUCCUGCUGGGCGUGACGCUUGCGUUCAUGAUUGCUUUUGUGGCAGGGUUUGUUGCAUUCAGCUACAUCUCAUCACGAAGACGAGCGAAAGCUGGGCUUCGACCAGUAUACGGUACGGGAUGGGCAGCACCUCCGCCGUAUCAAGUGCGAGAUCCACAUCCUGAAGCUGGCAAGAGAGUGAGCGAGGAGAGUGAGCUGCCGGAUUAUGCGCCACCGAGACCGGGUGCUGCGACCGGACCCGUAGUGGCAUGA